AUGAACCGCUCAUUCCAUUACACGGCUGUCUUUCUCUUUACCUCUUCUACAACUGGAUGGAGAUUCUUCAAUUCCGCAUCGUCGAUAUGCGUGGUGUCUAUUGCGCACAGAGAGCAAAACAAGAAACAAGAAGCAGAACUGAUCGAUGAACAGGAAAAGCUGACUAUGGCAGGCCACCCACUGUCACGAAGACAUAUGAACGGCUCCAUGGAGACAGGAAGAAACACAUCGGAAGAGAAGUCUGAAAGAUACAAGCUGAGCAACGACAAACCGAACGCUUAA